UCCUUGUAGGUUUCCUGCAGAUUUUAGCUUAAGUGUUGCAAUGGAACCGAGCUGGAGUACGUUUUUAUUCCAACAGGCCAAUGAGGCUCUGCAUCACCAGCACCAAGUAGCCGGGAAUAGCCUCUUGCCUUUGCUCAAUUCUGGAACGGAGCCACCUGAUCAGAAACCAGUGCUGCCCAUUCCCUUGGACCAGAAACCCCCUGUCAGUGCUGCGGAACUCCUUAAAGACAAUGUGGCCAGUGGGACUGGGGGAGGAGGUGGUGGAGGGCCUUCAAUUGCUGUGGUCAAAAAGGAGCCUAAAUCAAAGACGCCCUUCAUCUGUGGCUACUGCAACAAGGCUUUCCGGGACAGCUACCACCUGCGGCGGCAUGAGUCUUGCCACACUGGCAUUAAAAUGGUUUCGCGGCCUAAGAAGGCACAAACAGCCCCCACGAUGGUGCCACUCAUAUCUACCGUACCUCGUGAGAAUAGCGGAAACCCUUCAUAUAUUACCACAGUAGCUGGCAUCUUGACUACAGCUACCACAUCAACAUCCACAGGCACCAGUGUCAUGACCCCAAUGCAACAUCAACAGCAGCAGAGCAUCCCUAAGAAGCCUCCCAAGCCAGUGAAAAAGAAUCAUGGCUGUGACAUGUGUGGUAAGGCCUUCAGAGAUGUAUACCACCUCAACCGUCACAAGCUGUCGCACUCUGAUGAGAAGCCGUUUGAGUGUCCCAUCUGCCAGCAGAGGUUCAAGAGGAAGGAUCGUAUGACCUACCAUGUCCGCUCCCAUGAUGGUGGAGUUCACAAGCCUUACAUCUGCUCUGUCUGUGGGAAGGGCUUCUCCAGACCUGAUCACCUAAGCUGUCAUGUCAAGCAUGUCCAUUCCUCAGAGAGGCCUUUCAAGUGCCAAGUUACGGCCUGUACCUCUGCUUUUGCUACCAAAGACCGUCUACGCUCCCACAUGAUCAGGCAUGAAGGCAAAGUCACCUGCAACAUCUGUGGCAAAAUGCUAAGUGCUGCCUAUAUCACAAGUCACCUCAAGACGCACGGCCAGGCCAGCUUCAGCAACCCAUGUAAUAAUAAAGGCAUAAGUGACUGGCAGUGGAACCACUCAGGGCCACGAAAAGGUGAGUUGACGGUAGGAGAGAUUUUAAAUAACUCCUUCCAAGUCCUAAUUGACAGCUCUCACAAAGAUGCCAACACCGUGCACAACUCCACCACUACAACACCAGUCACUAACUCGGCAGCAAUCACCUCAGCUAUAAACCGCAGUGUCAGUGCCAACAAUCCUGUCACCAUUGCUGCUCAGAUGAACAUCGCCACCAGCACAGUCAACAUCACAUCACCGGUCAACCUGCAGCACCCUGUAACCAUCACUGGUCCUGUGAACCUGGCCUCUGUCAAUAUCCCUACAACAGCACACAUGAAUAUAGCCCACCCAGUGGCUAUCACCACCCCCAUGCCCAUGAAUAUCACCGGGCCACUCAACAUUGCCAUGAGGCCCAUGGAGAGCAUGCCUUUUCUAUCCCAAGUUCUGCCUUCCUCACCUCCUUGGUAGAGCUUUUUUGCAGAUGUAACUGCUGAGAAUGUUUUAACUGCCUGAUAAUGGAUGAGCUUGUCAAGUAGUCUACAUGGAUUGGAAAGGUAAUAACUUUCCAAAUAAUGUAAUACAUCCACAUUCAUAGUUACCAAUUAGUGUCACUUGCUGGAGUCAUUAUGUCAUAGUUUGUCAAUGUUGAAUUAUUUCUGUAUUUAUAGAGGGAAAAAAGGUUUCAGACACCCUUAAUCAUAAUGGAAUGAGUUGUUUUGUUUAUUAACCUAAAACUGGAAACAGUGUAUUGAUACUAGAUAGAAAUUCCCGUUUUUACGCAAUGAAUUAAAUACCUGACAAAUCAUGGUACUUGAUCACAUUAAUGCAAAAAUUAUGUAAAUCAAAUAUUACCACUAAGCAGUUCUACACAUGGAUUUGCAUAAACACAGCAGCAAAGUAACGUCCUCUUAUUGACUCUUCCUGUAGCUAUGGACCAAAUUUCACAGUUCCAAUCAUGUGUUUUGCUCACUUGAUAUCGAACUGUGGUCACAUGAUUUUUUACAUAAUGAACAGGGGAUUGUAAAGCCUCUGUCUGUGAUAAGAUGGUCUUUAGUGUUGGAUGUGAUUGGCCUCCAAUCUCUGGUCUCCGAUAUGCAGUUGAAAGAUCUGAAUUGGGUAGAAAGAGGCUUAAAUCCAGAUUAUUUUGUAAAAGUACAAUAACCAAGGUUAAGAAUCAACAUUUUAUUCUCAGAUAAACUUGAAUUUGUUACCUCUUUAGUGACUGACUGCAGAACACUUAAAAUAACUUCUCUCACAUGCACCCCUAUGACAUGAUGAUGAUUGAAAUGUGGGUUUUUGAAAGCUGAUGUAAUCUACAGGUACUUUGUGUAAAUGACCAUUUUAUGCCAAAGUUUUUCUAAGAAUGAGGAUUCCUUCUCAAUGCUAUAUUUUGGAAGAAAUCCUUUUAAACAACAUUUAGAACAUCGCUGAACACUAAAUUCUCCUUUUUGAAACCCAACCCAAGGUUAAUGAAAUUGGCACCUUCAGUCACUCCCCCACAUCACCCAUUUCUACUACUCCCCCUUGAGUUGUGAUUAGGGGGCAACCCCUCUCCAACUGACCCCUUAUUUUAUUAAAAGGCAACAUGAAGUGGUGUUAACCUAGUUAUGUACAAAUUUUGCAUCCAUUCAUUUUACCCAGUACUCGAGAUAGCAGUUCAUCACAUCAACAGGUUUUCUACUUUCAAACUGAACAAGUAUUUUCUUCCAUUUUUGACAUGGUUUAAAGUGGUUGGGCAGUUAUUAUAUUAUCAGCAGCUACAUAUCCAUCCAUAUUUUAUAUUUAUCCCAUGCUUACCCCAUUUUCAAAGAAGAUUUUUUUAUUUUUGUUUGUUUUUUGUUUUUAACCCCCACAGAUAAGUGAGGGUGAAUCAGCUUGUUGCCACAGCAUUUGCAGUGAACACAGAUGCUGUGGAAAGGCAAGCCCUUAUAGAGCCCUGUCUCCCAAUACUUUAUUUUAUAUUUAGCCACUAAGGACAGUGUCUGUCUUUUAAAAGUAACCAGUUGAAAAUGACUUCCUCAACUGGGUUUCUGACUUCAAACUUGGGUAUACCUUAGGUAUUGUUAACAACUCAAAAAGAAGUGUAUUGCCUGAAUGGUUCUUAAAUGCUUUCUCUUAAGGCAGAUCUUGUUUCACGUUCUUUUUUCUAUUGCUAUUUUAGUGGACUUAUCAGUGUUUAAUGGUUUAUAUAUUUUAAAGUACAAAAAACAAAGCUUCCUUUUUAGGGGAGGGAGAGUGAUAUUAUGGAUUCCACUGAUGGUUCAGGGGCUUGUAAGACAGAUCACUCAUGUCUGUUUUUAGAAAUCGCUGGAAGCCAGUCACUCAUCACUGCUGGAUACUCUACAAAUGUUUAUCUGUGACAUCUGUUUGGAAUUGUUUGUAUGUAUUUAUGUCAGGAUAUGACAGUUGAAGGUACAGAAAAGAGGAAAUGUCUCGUACUGAAAGCUUGUCCCCAAGGUUUUGCCUUAAAAUGGCAGUAUUUUCAAAGGUCAAUUAAUUUUAAAUAUUAAUUACUGAGGACUUUUUAACUGUAGAGGUCAAGAGAGUUACCCAGUGGCUCAUUAGGCAGCCACUAAAGCAGGCCCAAAAUCAACUUUUGUGGUAUGUUAACUUGGUUAGAUUGUUUACUUUAGCAGGUAUAGGAUCCCGUCACUGUCAGUCAAACUCAGGAAGGUUACUGAGAAUAGUCUUUAAAAACACAUUCAUCAAUUUACAUACUGACCAUUUCUUUGUAAAUAUGAAACACUAUUUUAUUGCCUUUUACCUGUGGGAGAGAUAAGCCCUCUCUAUUUAUCACAGGCUAGCAAUGCAAGAACUAUAUCACCACUGUUGUGGCCGUCCAUCCCGGGGAGGACAGAGAAAUGAGAAGAGACUGUUUCAAGGAUAAGGCCACUGUCACUUUGUGUGUCACUUUUUUUUAUUAUCAACAAAUCCCAUAAAGGCCAAACAACAAUUUAUCCUAACAAUCUGUAUAGCUGCAGCUGAUCUAGUUUUUCAAUAUGUUGAACUCUUAAAAACUAUUAGGAUGAACAGAGUGUAGUUUCUUCCCCUCAGCUUGUCAACCUAGAAAAGCAGCAUAAAUGCAGAACCACAUGCUAGUGCAUGUUAUCUGCUUCACAUGGUGCUACUCAGAGACUGAAAAUGAAGCCACAGACUUCUUUUAGAAUAAACUGUGCUCAUGUUGUUUUUACUGAGGGAAUAUGUCACUCAGUGUAGUGGUAUGCCUCUUGUUCAUAUUUGUAUUGACUUUUGGGUCUAUGGGUUAUGGCUAAAUGCACUUGUCAGGCAAGCAUAACAAAUACGCCUUGCAUUCCAACAAGGAUACCUAAAAGGCCUAUUGGUUAGGGUAAAAAUAUCCGGGUCAGAGCCAAUUAGAAGCGAAAUGGGAGUGAUUUUUAUGGAAGGUAUACAGGGUUUGCAUGCCAGACAUGGGCAUUUAGUCUCAUACA